AAUUUACAGAACGAUAAGAAAACAAAACGAAAUUUCUUGGAUUUGUUCAAAAAACGAGGACUGCGGAGAAUGACGUUCGUUGCGGGUACCAUCUGGUUUAUCGUGAAGUUCAAUUUGUACGCCUUGUCUCUCAAUCCCGAUAUUGCAGGAGGGAACGUGUUUCUCCUCCUCUCGCUAUUUUACCUGUUAAAUUACGUGGCUGCAGGGGUUUUGUAUGUUAUUUUGAGGCGAUUUCAAAGAAGACGUAUCGAGAUGUUUCUUUGCGUAUUUGUUGGGAUUUUGUCCUUGCUCCUUACAGCUGUUUCGAAAGAAUACAUAUGGAUACGUGUGGGUUUGAUCGUAUUGUGCAGAUUCUUUUCAUCGUUAGCAUCGGCGACACUUACCGUAUUCACUAUUGAGUUAUAUCCAACCGUGGUACGUACCGUCGGUAUCGGAUUUUGUUCUACUUGCGCAAGAAUUGCCAUUAUUUUUGCUCCUUUUAUGAAAGAUGUGAGUGUCAAGGUUGACUGGAGACUUCAUUUUAUUAUCGUAGGAGUGUUGAUGAUUAUAACAGGAUUUGGUGUUAUUCCUUUACCCGAGACUAAAAGUACUCGGUUGAAAGAUACUAUUGAAAAACAUAAAAAAGUAAACGAAGACCAAGAAACUUGGACCGCAUCGCGACCAGACACGAAUUGAAUAAUAGCACAGUUCAUCGGUAGAAUAAUCUUUCUGUUUUAAAAAAGAAAUGCCAAUGAUAAUUAUUAAAUUACAACGCCCAAUUCACUGUUAUGGAGGUACGUCGCAUCAUUUUUACAUAUUCCUCUUGUAUAUCGAAGGAACGGAAAUAAAUAUUAGAA